UUUUAUGGUUUGUGUUCAUUUCCUGUUUCAUUAUUUUAGUUCAGAAAUGAGGAUAUGUGAACUAUAAGAUUAGAUGGGCAGGUAGGCCAUUCCAUUGAAGGUUCUCUUUCUCUUAAGCUAAUGAUGAUCAAAGCAACUGACAAACUGUCACAGAAUCUGCCAUACCUCUCUAGGCCUUGACCCUUCUCUCCGGCUCCUGCACUCUUCCUUUUGUCAUGCUCUGAGCCCACUUCUAGCUAACACUUCUUGGACUCCUGCUGUGCUGUCAACCUGGGGAUUAUUGAGCUUUCAAACUCCUGCCUCAACUGAGCUUCCAAGUACCUGCUUCUGCCACCUGGUGGCUUGAUGACUGAGCUUCAUGGAGGUUUCCAGCCAUACCUCCACAAUCAACUCGGAAAACUACACUGAUGUGGACGAUUUGGUCACCCAGAUACCCUCUAAAGUGCAGAUACAAGACAUAUCUACGGAGCUACAUUGCCCACUAUGUAAUGAUUGGUUCCGUGAUCCACUGAUGUUAAGUUGUGGCCACAACUUCUGCCAAGCCUGUAUCCAAAACUUUUGGAAGCAGCAAGCAAAGGAGACAUUCUGUCCUGAGUGUAAAAUGCUAUGCCCAUAUAGCAACUGUACAUUCAACCUGGUACUAGAGAAGCUGGUUGAAAAGAUUAAGAAGCUACACUCACUCAAGAGCCACCCGCAGUGUCCAGAGCAUGGAGAGAACCUGAAACUGUUUAGUAAACCAGAUGGGAAGCUGAUCUGCUUUCAAUGCAAAGAUGCUCGAUUGUCUGCGGAGCAAUCUAAAGAGUUCCUGCUGGUCUCUGACGCUGUCAGUUUCUUCACGGAGGAGCUUAACAUUCACCAGGGUCAACUGGAGGCAACCCUAAAGGAGCUUCAAUCCCUGAAGAACAUGCAGAAAGAUGCCAUUGCUGCUUACAAGGAAAACAAGCUACAGCUGCAGCAACACAUCUCCUUGGAGUUUUUAAAGAUUCAUCAGUUCCUGCACAACAAAGAAAAGGAUAUUUUAAAUGAGCUCCGAGAAGAAGGGAAGGCCUUGAGUGAGGAGAUGGAGCAGAAUCUGAACGAGCUUCAAGACCAGUAUCUUUUCGCCAAGGAGAUGCUGAUGAGGAUACAGUCACAGAUGGACCAGCAGAACUCCUUCGACUUUCUCCAAGAUAUCACAGUUCUCUUGGAUAGUUUGGACAAAGGAAUGAGGGCACUGUCUCCCAGGGAACUUAUCUCCAGAAAGCUGAAUCCCGGUCUGUUCAGAGGUCCUAUCCAGUACAUGAUAUGGAGGGAAAUGGAGUCCACUCUCUCUCCAGGCCUAUCUGCAUUAACCCUGGACCCUAAAACAGCUCACCCAAAUCUGGUGCUUUCCAAAAACCGAACCAGUGUGUGGCAUGGUGACAUUAAGCAGGCAAUACCUGAUGAUCCAGAGAGAUUUGACUCAAGUGUGGCUGUGCUGGGCUCUAAAGGCUUCACAUCUGGAAAGUGGUACUGGGAAGUAGAAGUAGCAAAGAAGACAAAGUGGACAGUUGGAGUCGUCAGAGAAUCCAUCAUUAGGAAGGGCAGCUGUCCCCUAACUCCUGAGCAAGGAUUCUGGCUUUUAAGACUAAGGAACCAAACUGACCUAAAGGCCCUGGAUUUUCCAUCUUGCAGUUUGAAAUUAACUAACAACCUCAACAAAGUGGGCAUAUUUCUGAAUUAUGAGGGAGGACAAGUAUCCUUCUACAAUGCUAAAACCAUGACCCAUAUUUACACCUUCAGUAGCACUUUCAGUGAGAAAGUGUAUCCCUAUUUCUGCCCUUGCCUUAACGAUGGUGGAGAGAAUAAAGAACCACUGCAUAUCUUACAUCCGCAGUAAUUAUUCAUACGAAUGUGUAAAUUCAGAGUCUUAUUAAAGAGGUAUCAAAAUA